GCUGCAUCUGCCAUAUAAUCCAACCUCACUAAAGGGGGCCAAAUCAGCCCCAGGUCAGGUUGGCAGCCGUACCUUGUACCGGGCAGGUACAUGCAUUCCCUGUCAUUCUAUUCAUAAGGGUUACGAAGCAUUGGGGGCCCUUCUCUAUUCUAGUACUGCGCCUUUUUCUUUCAUCCUUUUCAUCGAUUUCUUGGGGCAGGACCAACGCCGGGAGCUUAAGUACUCCGUUGGUAAGAGGCAAGCUGCAGCUGCCAAUGUAACUGCACAUGCAAGUGGAAUGAGACUGCAAGAGCCAGUUUCCCCCAUCUUUCCCAUCCAAAUCUGGAUCCUUAGUCAUGUCAGCGCGUCUCUCGCAACUGCCAUACGACCUCACUUCAUCAUCCCUCCUUCUUCCACCGUCGACUGCGCUCCCCUCGCCACAGCCCAACAGCCUGAUUGUCAACAUUCAUUCUCAUCGCCGUCGCCAGCUCAUGCCCGUUGUCUCUUCCAUCAAACUCCCGCCUCGUUGAUACUUGACCGAUUGAUCCCGAGCGCCCCUGAGUAAUCGCACCGUCCACAACCAACCGGACCCCGCCUCGGCUGUCGAUAUCAUGGCGGCCAUCUUUCCAUGGGACGGUCGCGACCAGCAGGACCAGGCUGAGGCUCGUUACAAUGCACCACUGCGAUCGCACAAUCGCCAGCUCGAGGACGAAAACAUGCGCCUGAAGCGACUCCUGCGCGAGCACGGAAUUCCCUGGAGCGAUGCCGUUGCCUCACAUCCGGGCUUUCAAUCUUCCGCCGCCAUCUCAGGCCGCCGCCGGAGCUCUCGUCUCUCAGCACUUGAUCACACCUCCCUCAGGCUGCCCCAUCUACCCGUCGAGGUCAUCCUUCGCAUCAUGCAGUUCGCACUCCUUGCCCAAGAACCCAUCAUCGACCCCCUCUGUAGGCUGACUAUGGAGCAUCUCACCGCCGCGGAGCUCAGGCGGGCUCCGCAGACCGCCAUCGGGUUUCUCGCCACGUGCAAGACCUAUCACUUCGAGGGCACGCGAAUCUUCUGGUCAAGAAAUACCUUUACCUUCACCAGUCCUGAGGCUCUGCGGCGAUUUGCCGAUCUGCAACCCCAGUUCCGGAACGACAUUCGGCACAUUAACCUGCGUAUCGUUGCGCACUACUAUGAUGAUGAGAAGCGCACCCACCGUAUUGGUGCAGAUUACCACCCCGACCUCAAUAAGUCACAGAGUCUCAAAGUUGCUUAUCGACCCCGAGAUCCAGCGAGCAUGUCCAGGACGGGCUUUCGCUCUUACGCCUGGACGCAGACGGUAGACUUUUUGGAUGCCCUGCGCCCUCCAUACGAUCCAGAUUGGAAUAAGCACAACAGCUCUGGCAUCCGACCACGACUGCUUCCAGGACUGUUGUCUAUGCGGAUGGACUUCGUCAACUUCCCCGACUACUUCCUUCCCCUACCAGACACUGCUCUUCACGAGCUGGCAGCCCAUGAUCUAGGCUCGAUCCUGAAUGAGCUAAUGGUUACUGGUUUGCCAUGCUGCGAAGUUGGCGCAAAGGCGGGCGGUGAUCUUCAGGGGAUGGUCAAGGACGACGGUCUCUUUCUGUGUCAUGCACCCAGCUACGUUCAGCAGAGACGUUACCUGAAGCCAUUGCGUGGCUACGCUGGCCUGUCCAGAGUGGUCCGGUCAUGGAGAAAGCUGGACAAGCGGAUCCCCAAGGAGCGUCGUGACCUGCAUCCUGUAGUGCCAGAGGAACCAGGCCAUCCUGUGUCCAACUGGAAGAAGCGCAAGACUCUUUGGAAACGCGUUCCCGUCAAUCGAGACUCGGAUGAGAGGGAGUGGGUCGAGUUCGACCGGAACACUGGGGAGUCUGUCUCGGACCUCUACUACGAUAGCGACGAAGAGGUCUGCCCGAACUGCGGUGUGGUGCAUGGGAUGACUGAUAUAGAUUCCGACGACUCUUCAUUUUGAAGCUGUGGCGUCUACAGGUCGAAUCUUCAGCCUUGAGCGACGAUGACAACGAUUCCAUGCCGGCAUUAUUUGGGGGAUCAUGGCUUUGCUUAGAAGGGGAAGACAGAAUGGAGGUCCCUUACAUUGUUAGGUGCAGGGCGUAGGAGUCAAAGGUCGUUUGGCGUCGAGUACAUUUCCGGGGAGGGCGAAAUAACCGUAAAGUUUCUACGAAUUAGCAUGCCUGACACCUUAAAAUCGGGCGAACUUGAUGAAUACAUGUCAAUUACUUG